UCGGUCCCGCUCGCUCGCCGCGUCCGGGCGGCCCUUUCGCGUGUCCGCGCUCCUUCCCUCCCUCCUCCUCCUCCAUUUUGCGAUCUCGAGUCUGUGACGGGAGCCUGAGUCGCCGCCCGCCCGUCGGGGACGGAUUCUAGUGGGUGGAAGGAGACGCCGCAGCUGGAGCGGCCGAAGCGUAGAGGCGCCGGGACGGAGUACGCGCGCCUGGGAGACCCGGCCUGAGGAGACGGACGCCGGGCGGGAGGCUGGCUUGUCAGCCGGGAAAUGCGAGACUUUCUUAGAUAGGGGCUCCCCCUGCCAUGGAGAAGGGGGCGGCUGUUUACUUCCUUUUUUUUAGAAAAGAAAUAUCUCCCUCCUGCUUUCACGCGCUAAGUUGUUUAUCUCGGCUGCGGUGGGAGCUGCGGAUGGUGGCGGUGAGCGGCGCCUCAAGCAGAGCUGGUAUUCAUUGAUGGACUCCAAGGAAUCAUUAAGCCCUGCCAGUAGAGAAGAAAUCCCCAGCAAUGUGCUUGCUCCUGAGAGGGGCAAUGUGAUGGACUUCUAUAAAACCCUAAGGGGAGGAGCUAUAGGGAAGGCUUCUACCUCUUCGCCCUCACAGGCUGCUGCUUCUCAGUCAGACUCCACGCAGCAACGACCUCUGGUUGAUUUUCCAAAAGGCCCGAGAAGCAAUGUGCAGCAGCCAGAUCUGUCCAAAGCAGUUUCACUCUCAAUGGGACUGUAUAUGGGAGAGACAGACACAAAAGUGAUGGGGAAUGACCUGGGAUUCCCACAGCAGGGCCAAGUCAACCUUUCCUCUGGGGAAACAGACUUUAGGCUUCUGGAAGAGAGCAUUGCAAACCUCAAUAAGUCGACCAGUGUUCCAGAGAACCCCCAGAGUUCAGCAUCUGCUACUGUUUCUACUGCCCCCACAGAGGAGUUUCCACGAAUAAGCUCUGAUGUGUCCUUAGAACAGCAGAAUUUGAAGGGCCAGACUGGCACCAACGGCGGCAAUGUGAAGCUGUAUGCCACAGACCAAAGAGCCUUUGACAUUUUGCAGGAUUUGGACUUUUCUUCUGGGUCCCCAGGUAAAGAGAUGAAUGAGAGCCCUUGGAGAUCAGACCUCUUGAUAGAUGAGAACUGUUUGCUUUCUCCUUUGGUGGGAGAAGAUGAUCCAUUCCUUUUGGAAGGGAACUUGAAUGAGGACUGUAAGCCUCUCGUUUUACCAGACACUAAACCUAAAAUUAAGGAUAAUGGAGAUCUGAUCUUAUCGAGCCCCACCAGUGUUUCACUGCCCCAAGUGAAAACAGAAAAAGAAGACUUCAUCGAACUCUGCACCCCUGGAGUAAUUAAGCAGGAGAAACUGGGCCCAGUUUACUGUCAAACAAACUUUUCUGGGGCAAGUAUAAUUGGUAAUAAAAUGUCUGCCAUUUCUGUUCACGGUGUGAGUACCUCCGGGGGACAGAUGUACCACUAUGACAUGAAUACAGCAUCCCUCUCUCAACAGCAGGAUCAGAAACCUGUUUUUAAUGUCAUUCCACCAAUCCCUAUUGGUUCAGAAAAUUGGAAUAGGUGCCAAGGAUCUGGAGAUGACAACUUGACUUCCUUGGGGACCUUGAACUUCUCUGGUCAAUCACUUUUUUCUAAUGGCUAUUCAAGCCCUGGGAUGAGACCAGAUGUGAGCUCUCCUCCAUCCACCUCCUCAGCGGCAGCAGGACCACCUCCCAAACUCUGCCUGGUGUGCUCCGAUGAAGCCUCAGGAUGUCACUAUGGGGUCUUGACUUGUGGAAGCUGUAAAGUCUUCUUCAAAAGAGCAGUGGAAGGACAGCAUAAUUAUCUUUGUGCUGGAAGAAAUGAUUGCAUCAUUGAUAAAAUUCGAAGGAAAAAUUGCCCAGCAUGCCGCUAUCGAAAAUGUCUUCAGGCUGGAAUGAACCUGGAAGCUCGAAAAACAAAGAAAAAGAUAAAAGGAAUUCAGGCUACGGGAGUCGCACAAGAAACUCCUGAAAAUCCUGCUAACAAAACAGUCGUCCCUGCAGCAUUACCACAAGUCAGCCCUACCCUGAUGUCACUGCUGGAGGUCAUUGAGCCCGAGGUGUUGUUUUCAGGGUAUGAUGCCUCUAUUCCAGAUACCUCUUGGCGGAUCAUGAACACACUCAACGUUUUAGGUGGACGGCAAGUGAUCGCAGCAGUGAAAUGGGCAAAGGCAUUACCAGGAUUCAGGAACUUGCACCUGGAUGACCAAAUGACCCUGCUGCAAUAUUCAUGGAUGUUCCUCAUGGCAUUUGCCCUGGGAUGGAGAUCAUAUAGACAGACACAAGGGACCAUGCUGUGUUUCGCUCCUGAUCUGAUUGUUAAUGAGGAGAGGAUGACUCUGCCCUUCCUGUAUGAUCAGUGCAAACAUAUGUUGUUUGUUGCCUCUGAGUUACAGCGCCUUCAGGUAUCCUACGAAGAGUAUCUCUGUAUGAAGACCUUACUGCUUCUCUCAUCCGUUCCUAAGGAAGGCCUGAAGAGCCAAGAGCUGUUCGAUGAAAUCAGAAUGACCUACAUCAAAGAGCUGGGGAAAGCCAUUGUCCAGAGGGAAGGAAGCUCCAGUCAGAACUGGCAGCGGUUCUAUCAGCUGACAAAACUCCUGGACUCCAUGCAUGACGUAGCUGAAAAUCUCCUUCACUAUUGCUUCCAAACAUUUUUGGAUAAGACCAUGAGUAUUGAAUUCCCAGAGAUGUUAGCUGAAAUCAUCUCCAAUCAGUUACCAAAAUAUUCAAGUGGAAAUGUCAAAAAACUUCUGUUUCAUCAAAAGUGACUGCCUUAAUAAGAAAGGUUGCCUUAAGGAAAGUCGACUUUAUAGCUUUCAUUGUACAAACUAUUGGUUUGUCCUAUAGCAGUUUUAUUUUUCCUCUUUUGUUUACGUCUGGUUUCUGUUUCUGUUUGUUUUAAACACGCACUACAUGUGGUUUAUAGAGGGCCAGCCCUUGGCCACAGACGCAGCAAAGCUGUCACCUCCAGUGAUGGGGAAGUAGGAGGUGACAGUGGGUGGGUCCCAGAAAUCAGAAACAGGGACAUGGGGCAACCUCCGGUGUCAGAGAACGGUGGCACCCAAACCACCAGUGCCCGAAGUCUGCACAAUGAAUUUUCUGCUCAUAUUUUUCACAGUUGGCUGGAUAAAAUUUUCUAGACUUUUUGCUGGUGUAUUUUGCCCUGUAUAGUUAGCAUAACAUUUUUUGAUUUAUGCAUGGAAAUCUGAAAAACGUUUACAAGUGUAUAUCAGAAAAGGGAAGUUGUGCCUUUUAUAGCUAUUACUGUCUGGUUUUAACAAUUUCCUUUAUAUUCAGAGAACUACGUUUGCUCAUUUUUUUCUUACAUAAUUUUUGUAUUCAAGUUAUUGUACAACUGUUUAAGAUGGGCAGCUAGUUCAUAGCUUUCCUAAGUAAACUCUAAACAUUGAUCUCCUUUGUGAAAAUGGGUUGGUGCUUCUAACCUGAUGGCACUUUAGCUAUCAGAAGACCACAAAAAUUGACUCAAAUCUCCAGUACUCUUGUCAAAAAAGCUCAUAUUUUGUAUAUAUCUGCUUCAGUGGAGAAUUAUAUAGAUUGUGCAAAUUAACCAUCCUAACUGGUAUAGAGCACCUACCUAAUCCAGCGACCUGCUGGGUAAAACUGUCGAUGAUGGUUGCAAAAGACUAAUUAAAACAAGCAAACAAACAAAAAA